CGAGACCGCCACUUACUGUUUGCCACUAUCGUAGGCAUGUAAAAUAUCGAUAAGUUUAGGCACCUGCUUCUUUUGCCAGGGAUGCAACACCAAAACACGAUGGGUCCCUUAGCACGCACGUUUGAUAGUUUCCUUCCUCGCAAUAUUGCCAGCUUUCAGUUGCCCACACGUCGCCUCUUAGCAUGGUCUGAUAACACGCCGUUCGAGAAUUGGACCUAUGUUGUUGCCUGCCUUUUCCUCACCCUCUUUGCGGGGAUCAUGAGUGGCUUGACGCUGGGUUUGUUAUCUCUAGAUACAGUGGAACUGGAAGUCCUUCUGCGUUCCGGUACAGCCAAGGAGCAAAAAUAUGCUCGCAAGAUUAUGCCAAUUGUCUCCAACAGCCAUUUUUUGCUCGUAACACUGCUGCUUUGUAAUGCUGUGGCUAUGGAGGCUUUACCUCUAUUCCUAGACAACUUAGCGGACCCAGUGACCGCCGUCGUCGUGUCUGUGACCGCGGUGCUUUUCUUUGGAGAAAUCGUGCCGCAAUCGGUCUGCAGCAGGUACGGUCUGCGGAUUGGCGCCACGCUGGCUCCCUUCGUGCGGCUGCUGAUGUGGCUGUGCAGCCCCAUCGCCUGGCCCACCGGCAAGCUGCUGGACCUGCUGCUGGGGGCGGACCAUCACACGCUGUUCAGGAGGCGGCAGCUCAAGGAGCUGGUCAGCAUCCACGCGGAGGAUGCGGGGCUGGGCGGCGCUCUGACCCGCGACGAGAUCAAGGUGAUCACGGGCGCACUGGACCUCACCAGCAAGGUGGCCUACCGUGCCAUGACGCCGCUGGACAAGGUGUUCAUGCUGUCCAGCUCCGACCGGCUGGACGAGGCGACGCUGCGGGCGGUGCUGCGCAGCGGUCACAGCCGCAUCCCCGUGCACGCGGCUGGGGAGCGCAGCCAGGUGGUGGGGCUGCUGCUUGUGAAGGAGCUGCUGCAGUACCGGCUGGGCAGCAGCGAGGUGGUGCCGGUGGACAUGCUGAGGAUGCGCAGCAUUCCCAGGCUGCCCGCCACCACGCCCAUGUACGACAUGUUGCGCCUCUUCCAAACCGGCCGCUCGCACAUUGCCGUACUCACCCAGCCGCCGCGCGGGGAGCUGCGGCGACUGCUCAAGAUGGACGCCACCGCCGCGCGCAGCGGCCGCGGCCCCUCGCGCGGCAGCGGCAUGAACCGCGGCAAGAGUGCGGUGACCGCCGUCGACGACGGCGCGCAGUCGGCUUUCCCCGACGGCGCCGUCAGCGACUUGGGCCCAUUCGGUAACAGCGCGGGGGCCAUUGGUGGUAAUGCGGCGGCGGCGGCGGCGGGGGCCAUGACGCCGCCUACCUCCGUCGAAGCUACUCCCGAGGCAAGGGGCUCAGCUCUGCACGACGACCUACGCUCCAUGGCAGGAGAUACGGAAGCCGGGUACGGCGACCCAGAGGGAUACACGUCGUACAGUUUGUACGGCAGGCUUACGGACGGCAGUACGUACGCGCCGAGUAUGAUGGACCGACAGGACAGUUACAGCGGCGUCAUCGGCGGUGGCGGCGAGAGUACGACAGGUGGGGAGUACAUGAUGACGACGCCGCUGCCACUGAGCCGCCAGGGCAGUGAGGCGACGGAGGCGAGUGCGGUCAGUCGUCAGGGCAGCGCUCCGGAGCCGUUGAGACGGUUGGACGACGACUUGGUCGCCAGCGCGGAUUUGGAAUCCACGUCGGCGGUUAGGACGACCCCCGACGGCACGCCGGCGGCGGCGGCGGACGCCGGCGGCAGAGGAGGAGGCGCGCAUUCGGCUAUUCAUCGGUCGGCGUCAGUGCCGACGACGACGGCUGGGCCGCACUCGCACCGGCGCACUCGCAUGGGGCUAGAGGCGGACGCCGCUGCAGCGGCGGCGGCGUCAGCAUCGUCUGGGGUUGGCGGCGGCCUGGGGAGUAUAUGCAGCCCCGGCGACAGCACCCACGGGACCCACGGGUCUGCACUCUUUGCGGCGCUUGAGGAGGCAGCCGGCGGCAGCGGUGAGGGCCAGGCUGGAACCUCCAGUGGGCAUGCUUACGCGGUGCCGUCGGCGACGCCGGCUGCUGCUGCUGCUUCGGCGUCAGCACGGCUUCAUUUGCAGGAGCAUGAGGAGGGAUGCCAUGAUGCGGGUCUGGAAGAGGACCCGGAGGAGCCUGAGGAGGGGCGGCCCAUUGGCAUCAUUACCAUUGAGGACGUGAUUGAAGAGCUCAUUCGUACGGAGAUCGUGGACGAGACGGACCGCUACGUGGACAACAACCGCCUCAUCCGGGUCAACCCGGUGCUGCUGGCGCAAUCGCUGCCCGAGCACCUGGCGCGUGUGCUGGCGGUUGCGGGGGCGGGC